AUGGUUUGGGCCAUUAUAAUAGUUAUCUUGGCUGGAUAUGGCGCCCUGCGUGGACGUGACGAUUCUGGGUCAAAGCCAGCUGCAUACUACUUGUCAAGAACUGACGACGAACUCUGGAACAUUGCAACUACUCAAUUUAUUGGAAAGUAUUGUUACAUUCUGAUUUCAGACGGGGGCACGGCGUGCCAUUACUACGCCAAAGGUCGCCCUUUGACUUACAAUGGCAUACCCGUGAACAAAGAUGGUUUAGGCACAGGAUGCAUCAAAGACAAGGCAGGUUCCUUUUGUUACUAUCAUGAUCCAGCCUAUAACUUGACUCAAGAGGAACGGAACUCCAUGUGUACAAGCUCGUAUGUCGCAAAUGGGGCUGCACAGAUUCGAUAUGGAAUUCGUCAUCAAAGGUGCAACGAAAUUGGAGAUCCGCUAUAG